GCCAAAGUUCAAACGUUACCGUGAAAACAAGGGCGCUCGUUUGCUGUUGCUGUCUUCCUUGUCAACUGGUAAAAAUAAACCACUUGGCGAAGGACAAAAAAAAAAAAAAAAAAAGCUGGUUGCUUGCUGUCGCACCGAAAGCCGAUCGCUGAAACCCAAAAUGCCUCUCAGCUGAAGGGUACUGGCGCUCGCUGUGUUGUUGGUGGAUUUGAAGAAGGACGGCUAGCUGAGUGCUAACAUUAGGUAGCUCGCUGCUACCUGACGUCUGUGGACUGCUGGUGCUGUUUAAAGUGUCAACGCUGCAGCUAUGUUCGUGCAGGAGGAAAAGAUAUUCGCAGGGAUACUGAAAAUCCACGUCUGCGCCAUGGACGGGACGGAGUGGUUAGAGGAGGUGACGGAAGACACCACUGUUGAAAAACUGAAAGAGAAGUGCUUAAAACAUUGUGUUCAUGGGAGUAUAGAAGACCCCAAAACACUUACUCACCAUAAACUUAUACAUGCUGCUACGGAGAGAGUCCUCACUGAGACUAAAACUGUUGCUGAUGAGAAUCUCAAAGAUAAAGAUGUCUUGCUUCUCAUAAAGAAAAGACCACCGCCAACACUUCCAAAGAUAGCAGAUGUAGUUGCAGAGGAGAAGAAAAAACAAGAUAACAAGGCUCCAGAUAAAGAUGCUAUCCUGAAAGCCACCGCCAACCUGUCCACAUGCCACAGUGACCGCACUGUUACCCAGCAUAAUAUCAGAGAUUUUCAGACGGAGCUGAGAAAAAUCCUGGUUUCUCUCAUUGAAGUGGCCCAGAAACUUCUUGCCUUAAACCCAGAUGCAGUUGAGCUCUUCAAGAAAGCCAACGCUAUGUUGGAUGAAGAUGAAGAGGAUCGGGUGGAUGAAACGGCCCUCCAGCAGCUCACUGAAAUGGGCUUCUCUGAAAGCAGAGCCAUCAAAGCUCUUAGAUUGAACCACAUGUCAGUGACACAGGCCAUGGAAUGGCUGAUCGAGCAUGUGGAUGAUCCUUCAGUAGACACACCAUUACCUGGCCAGGACACAUCUGGGCCCUCAGGAGCCACGGCCGCUGCAAUACCAGGACCCUCUGCAUCUGUGUCUGCCUCAGCCUCGGCUUCAGGCACUAACUUUUCACAGUCCAGCUCGGAGGAGAGCACCAGGCAGGAUGAGCUCACAGAGAUUUUCAAGAGAAUCCGCAGGAAAAGGGAAUUCAGACCUGAUUCAAGAGCUGUCAUUGCCUUGAUGGAGAUGGGAUUUGAUGAAAAGGAGGUGAUCGAUGCCCUGAGAGUGAAUAACAACCAGCAGGAUGCAGCAUGUGAGUGGCUGCUGGGAGACAGGAAGCCUUCUCCUGAUGAUCUGGACAAAGGCAUCGAUACCAACAGUCCAUUGUUCCAAGCCAUUCUGGAGAAUCCAGUGGUCCAGCUCGGUCUAACAAAUCCCAAGACACUGCUUGCGUUUGAAGACAUGCUGGAGAAUCCUCUAAACAGUACCCAGUGGAUGAAUGACCCUGAGACUGGACCCGUUAUGCUGCAAAUAUCCAGAAUCUUCCAGACCCUCAACCGUACAUAGAAUCUCCUGUCGGUGCCCCCCCGAAUUACAAUGAUGAGAAUGCGGAAGCUUGUGUGUGUGUGUGUGUGUGUGUGUGUGUGUGUGUGUGUGUGUGUGUGUGUGUGUGUGUGUCAAUCAGGGACUCAGAUGUUGAUUUUUGCCUUGUAAAGAAAGACGGUGGAGUCAAAGUAUGAAUUAAAAUAUUUCACAUAUGACCAUAGAAAAAAAAACACUUAUACAAAACAAGAUGCACAUAUUACAGUAAUAUUGAGAAUAAAGAUUUAGUAUGUUUUUACAUUUUAAUGAGAACAAUUUAUAAUUAUGACAGAUGUGAUUUAUUUUAUUUCUCCAUGUGCAAAAUGACAUCAGACACAGACUUAAUGUUUACACUUCAAAACAAACUGGUUUUUAUGUUUUGCAGUAUUUAACUAUCGAUUACAGUUUUUUUUUCCUGCCUCUACGUGGUUAAAAUUUGUUUCUCCAUGUGGUGAAUGUGUGGCUUGGUUUUAAUUUCUUUCCUGAUAGGUUGAUAGUGUCUCGGACACAGUAUUUGUCUCCUCUCAGCUGUGAGAGUCACUGCAAGUCCCAUUCUGGUCCCCUUAUCACAAACAUUUGUUCUUCAGCUUCUUUAGGGUUAUUUAUUUGAGUUUCUUGCUUCUUUGGGAGAAAGCUGUUCACUCAGCUGUUUGUCUUAGUCCUGUUUUUACAAGAAAAUGAUGUACUAGGUCUGUGUUUAUUGUCAAUGUGCUCUCGAAUGUCAUGUUUUCAUGUUGCGCUCAUUUAGCACUUCUAUGAAUAUCACUCACUGCAGCACUGUGAAUAUGAUUUUUUUUUUUUUUGUAAGGCUCCUAGCCUCAAACAGCAGUGGUGAGAGUUGAAACGAAGCAGCUGGGCCGAAUCAGGAAGGGUUUUUGCCCCUUUUUUUUUAUUUUUUUUUAUAUUUUUUUUUUAUGUUUUAAUGAAGAUGCAUGCUCGAUUAAUGCUGCAGCAUCGGUGAAGCUUCAGGCAUCUUCAUGGAGAUACGAAGAUCUAAUGCUUGGUUUAAGGUACAACCAAUAAUAGUCUGCUGGUUGAAUCUUUUUGAGUGCAAAGAACAUUUAUGCUGUCAAACCAAACCACAUUUUCACAAUGUAACUUGCCUUGUCAUUAGAUGCACUCAUUGCGAAUACCCUUAAUUUCUGUGCAGCAGCAAGAACUUGUACUUUGAUCGACCUGUAAAGAAAUCUGUUUGCGAUGUGUUUACUAUAAUGACUAGUGUUGGGUGCAGUUAUAAAUUAUUAGCCGUUGGUUAGAGACCUUGUAUAUCCAACUACAAAAUGGUGAACCUCUCUGAGUUGUAUAUAGGUUAAAAUGAAUAUGGAAGGUUGUGUGAAUUUUGCCAAGCUUUAGAGUGAUUUGUUCAGUAUUUAGGAUGUGGUAUUGAUGUGACUUUCUGCUCAGGGAGGCUGAGGUCUUUAGUUAUUUAUUAUUAUUAUUUAUUUUUUUACAUAACAGCAAACCUCUGCACCCUCUUGUAGUUUGGCAUUUGAAAAUGGCUUUAACAUUUGGAGUUUGCUUAAAAGAGCACCAAAAGACAUGGUUUUGUAAAUGCAAUAUUUUAGAAUGUUUAAAUGUUUUUAGAAAGAAUUGUUUGAACAUUGUAUUAUUACCUUAAAUUAUAUUAAAGCCAAAACUAGUAA